AGAUUUGUCGAAAAUAUUUGUUAGCGCGUCAACUGGUUUCAGGGUCAAGGUUUUAAGGUUACUUCGACAUUUACUCGGCGCAAUAAUGUCUCAAACACUGGGUAAAUAUCAUACUCAUACCAUUAUUAUGAUGAGACAAUUUUCGUCAGAUCUAUCGUUGAAAAACUAAAACCCAAUGGACAUACUAGGUUUAAUAUCAUGUGAGAUUAUAAAUUUUGAUUUAGUUAUUUAGAAAUGUGGCAUGUCACGUUCCCCGUUUGGUAUAUAAACCUUUCAUCUUUUCAGCUCGCAAGGUUUCGAAUCGCUUUCUUGUUCAAAUCCAAAUCCUCUUUAUUUUACUACGGUAACAAACAGUUUUAUUCCUUAAAAUACACUAUAUUUGAACAUUGAGCUUACUAGUGGAUAGUAGAAAUCGGAAGCUGAAUAAAUUAAUGAGUAACAAUUUCUUGUAAUUGUGAUACAAACAAUGCAAAUCAAUUAAAUAUUUAGGUUAGAAUAUUAAGAAGCUUUUUUAGACAAAUAUAAAUAUCAGUGUAUUCAGCUAUCUAUAUCUAUAAUCCAUUUCAGUUCAUGUUAAACAAAGCAAUAUUCAAUUGCAGCACACAAAAUACAUGGACCUAACUGCUUGAAAGAUCACAGUUUCAGGUAAAAUUUGCAUGAAUAUAUAUGGUUUCACAUAUAUGUAAAACCGUAUGUCUAAAUUUCAUUUAGGACCAUUAGAUUGGGGUCUCUUGUAACAUUAGUAACAGUAAACAAAAUAAAGGCAGUUCAACAAAUAAAGCUUCUUCUAUGACAUUUUUUAUCAAAACUGUACAGAUUUGAUUAUAGUUGUUUGCACAUAGUGGUCUUUAGUGAGAUACAAAGUUUUUAUAUCAUUGACAAAGGCACCAUAUGUUAAUCAUAAACUUCAAGUAUCGAAUAAAUCUCAAAGAAAAUUUUUUUCGCCGAACUGUUCUUGUUUUUCUUAAUGACUGAAAGAGUUGCUUUCGUUGUUUUAAAAUCAGUAACAAUGUCAAAAGGCAUAGUAUAUUUUGUAUACCACUGACUAAAUAAAUUGAGGAUCUAAAUUCAUUUAAUUGGUCCACACAAUUGAUCAAACUAUAGUUUGAUAGUUAUCAGUAACUUAAGGUUAUAACCUUAAGUUACUGAUAAUUAUCACUUGUAUAUUUUACUGAACUGCAAGUUCCUUCAGAACAGACUUUUUAAAACAGCUAAAACUUAGAUUUAACUUACACAAACUAUACUUUGGUUCUUCGUUACUCAAAUGAUAAAUGCGAAGUCUGUCAUUUAAGACCGAAUGUGAUUUGGGUUCCUUCUUACUUCAUGUGUUACUGUUGUAGGGAACAGUCAAAUAUCUCCCCAAAACUGAUUAAUUAGAAUUAACUUUCGUCAUAAUACAUUUACAAUUUUAGUUAAUCUUGGAAUCUUAUAUGAAUUGAGUGGACAAACAAAACCAUUCUAUUUUUAGUUACGUAAUAAUAGAAUCUAUAUGAAGCUUUGUUAGAUUUCCUUUUAUUUUUCUUUUCUAGACUUUUCAAGCGUGUUCUGAUUACCCAUUGUUUUUUAUGAAACAAACUUCUUUGUUACGAUCUUGGACAAAUUUAAUCCCCUCACAUCGUAUUAUUAGUGAUAAUCAUGCCAGUACUGUAAACUCAUCCUCUAAGACACUUAAAUCUGUGGAUUCUAACGAUAUUUUCGCGGCUAAUAUUCUUGACAAAUUUAAUAAUGUUCCAGAGUCUAACACUAAUUCACACGAAAACGAAGUCUGUGAAAAUGCCCAGAUUAUCAUCGAUGCUUUGGAAAGAAAACCUGUCGUAUAUCAUCCUACAGCUAAUGACUCAGAACAUUUGGAAGGUUUCGAUGUAGAUGCUGGGGUUGAGUGGAUUUAUCCAAGUGAUUCAAACAUACGCAAAUACCAGUUAAAUAUAAUUGAGCAAUGUCUAUAUAAAAAUACACUUGUCUGCCUGCCUACAGGACUGGGCAAAACAUUUAUUGCUGCCGUUGUUAUAUAUAAUUUCUCCCGUUGGUAUCCAACGGGUAGAUUUGUGUUUAUGGCGCCAACUCGACCUCUUGUAACACAGCAACUUACUUCGUGUUCGGAAUUUAUUGGGCCACUUAAAGAAAAUAUCGCUGAGGUGACUGGAUCGAUUGCACAAACUAAAAGAAAAACUAUCUGGUCCACAUAUCGAGUGUUAUUUCUUACUCCUCAAGUGCUAAUGAAUGAUUUGCAGACUGGUGUUUGUCCUGCUAAUUCUAUCCGUUUGCUCAUAUUUGAUGAGGCACACAAGGCGACAGGAAAUCAUGCUUACUGUCAAGUAUUGCGAAUUCUGACUAAUCCACCGUACACUCAUCGACAAUUUCGGAUUGUUGCUUUGUCCGCCACACCUGCAGCUGAUAUUGAAGGGGUACAAACACUGAUUGCAAACUUACUUAUAUCCCAUCUUGAGCUUCGAACUGACACUAGUGCCGACGUCCGACCAUACACACAACAUCGGGAGCUAGAAGCAGUAGUUGUUCCUCUUGGUCCGGAACUGACACGGUAUCGUAAUCAAUUAAUUGAGUGUAUUCGUGUGCCCCUCGAUAGACUUUACCAACGUCGUGCACUCUCAGAGUGUUAUGGUGAUCUUCGUCCAGAAAAACUAGCGAAAUACACAGUUAUUAAAGCACGAGAAAAAUGGUCUUCGCAAACGUUUCCUAGUAUUAAUUCAACAGAAAACAGUUCAAUUCAGUGUGACUUCGCCGUAGUUAUAUGUUUGCUUCAUGGCUUGGAACUGUUGGUUCAACAUGGGUUACGUCCCCUCUAUCGCUACUUAGAGGGUGUUUAUUCUGGAAAUCGAGCUAGUCCAUUGGUUAGGAGUCAGCUUAACAGACUUCCAAAUAUGAAUCAUUUAUGGAUAGAAUUAGCUCAGCGAUUCGGCAUGAAUGUAGAAUGCACUGACGGUACUUGGAGGCAAGAGUUAAUUCAUACAGAUCUAUUGCAUUCCCAAGCACCUUUUUUGGCUGGUCAUCCCAAACUUGAUAAACUAAGAGAUGUUUUGCUUAGUCAUUUUGAAGACAGAAAAAACACGCAUGAACGAAGCUCCACACGCGUAAUAGUUUUUACGCAGUUUCGCGACUCGGUUGAAGAAAUUAUGCAUAUGCUUAAACCAUUAAGACCACUAAUUAGACCUGCAUCAUUUAUUGGACAAGGAACAAGAGUAAAUGGAAGUCCUCAAUUAAAUAAUCAACAUGAGUCACCCAGUUUGAAAAACCCGCGACUGUCAAAUGCCCAGGGUGGAAUAUCACAACGUGAUCAGAUACGUGUUAUGGAUGGUUUUCGGUCAGGCGUUUAUAACACCCUAGUGUCAACGUGUGUCGGUGAAGAGGGUAUUGAUGUUGGACAAGUUGAUCUAAUAGUUUGCUUUGAUGCUUCAAAAUCACCAAUUCAACUAAUGCAACGUCAAGGUCGAACUGGUCGCAAGCGUCUGGGACGUAUUGUUGUGCUACUAACAGAAGGUCGUGAAGAAAGGAAUCAUGCCGUUAGUAUCGCGAGAACUUCUUCUGUUCACAAAGCUUUGCUUGAGGGAAACGCUUAUUGUAAACUUGCUUUCUAUCCACAUAAUCCAAGAAUGGUACCGAUUGGUGUUCAUCCUAAACUCCAGUUCAAAUGUUUACGAACAGAGAGAUUUUUUACCAAUCAAAUAUCGGGACAAAAGCAGCCAGGUGUUCAGAAGAGUUCGUAUGAAGACAUCUACAGAUUGCAUGCGGAGUCUGUUAAACUGGAUAGGCUGCAUAUUAGGUUAUACCCCCCUUCCUUAGGUCGAAUUCAACAUAUAUCAAAAUUUGAUGAUGUGGAUACUUUUAAUUCAGACCACCCAACAGUCACAAACAUUUACAAUCUGACAUCUCAAGAAAGAUUAGCAGUCUUCAGAGAAACUAUGCAAUCUAGUCUAAUUCCAGGAUCAAAUGUUGGUUCAUCCUCUUCGUCGCAACACCUCAUGUCAAUCCUCCGGCUAGUUGAAAUGCAUCGUCGUAGUAUGACACAACUUUCUUACCAUGCUCUGGGUAUACGGAAAAUUGAUAUUAAUACAAAAAUGAGUGAAUUAUUAAAAAUAAGUUCUUCGCCACCCAAUAGCCAGUUAGAUUUGCAUAGCUCUUCACAAUGUCAUCAUGAUCUUGAUGAAUUGACUACCAAUACUCUGCCAGCUUCAGAGAUAUCCAACCCGGUAUUAGAUAUUAUCCGAGAUCUUAGAAUAGUCAAAGGUUUAGUGUCUAACAAAGUAUUUUUUGACCCUCAUCUUAACGAACUAACCGACUGCACAAAGCAGUUCACUCAAAUACUUCAUAAUAUUAACGCUAAUAACCAUGAGCCUAUUACAAUGGCAUCCCUACAAACUGCACUAAAUAAGUGGUUAGAGUUCAUGAUUGAUCAAAAUCACAGUUCACCUACAAUUUCUUCAAGCCCAAAGUUGAAUCUUAAGCUAAGUAUAGAAAAUAGUUUACUUGAAGCAAUUAAUACAAAACUACCGAAUUCUGAGGAAAACUCUCUAACCACGAAGUGCCUUCACACAAUUGAUAGUCGAUUUCACGAUAAGCAGCUAAAAGAUAUUGUUCAAAAUUUCAGCCUACCUAAUACAGUGAUUAGCUUAGCUCAAAGCACUCCUUUUGGACGAAGUUGUGUAAAGCCACCUAUCAUUUCUUCAUCUAGUCAAGUUAAUCCUGAUGAAGCGUUAGCUUUACUGGAGAAUUCAACUAUUCACCUGGAUGCAUCAACUUUAUUAGAUGAAGAACUAACGAAUCCUGAGCUUCCUACUACUACUACCCAAAGUGUUAUUUUUGCUGGUUCCCCAUUUCGGCAGUUGAGCGGUUUCCACAAAUCAGUCGACCUUUUUACUUUUGAAACAAAACUCUCUUUAGGGUCAGAGCUGGGUGAUAUUAUUAAGCCUACCCAAACCACUGAAAAAAUGGACACCUAUAGUGAUGUGGACAGAUUAAAAAACGGUUGUUUCUCUACUGCUUCCAACAGUUCUUUUGACUCACAAAUUAAUUGGUCCCCAGUAGAACAGGUAACAGAGGUACUUAAUACAGAUGAUUUAUUAUAUUCGUCGUCACCAAUAAAACUAAACAAUAUUGAAACCGUUCCUAAAAAUGAAACCAAAAACAACAACUCUAGUGAAACUACUGACAAAGAAUUAUCGGGAAUAUUUCACGAAAGUGUCAGCGAGUUUACAUUAUCGAACCGGUUGAACAAAAAAGUGAGAAUCAAAAAUACUAAAUACGCUGGAUCUAAAUUGUUUUUAUCACAGGCUGAGUGUACGAGUAAUGAGUCAUCUGACCAGCUUCAUUCUGAAGAUCAAGAUAUGUAUGAUGACAGUUUCAUAAACGACGAAUGCGCGAAUAUCACGUGCGAUUCAUCUCGAUCUGACAUGAAAAUUUACCUCCAGAGCAUUCGGAGUCCACAAAUAUUUCCAGGCAAUGUCAGAAACCCAUGGGUCAGCAAAAGAGACAUUUUGCCGAAAAUAUCUGAGAAGUGUGAUGAUGUGCCAAAUUCCUUUAUAUUUUCGCAGACCCCAGAACAGGAUGAAUAUCAGAUGGAUAGUUUUUGUGUAAACGAUGAUGACUCUUUUUCAUUGCAUAAAGAAACUCCCAAACUCUUAGCUUCCAAGCCAAACAGAAGACGUAUUCGAACUGGUACUCAGAUUCAACAAUCUUUCUUUUAAUUGUAUAUAAACAAUAGAUUUCCAUGAGAAAUUAUUUCAAAUAUACUAUAUUC